GUUAUUUUAGAGCAGGUGGGUUAUUCUCGGAAGCCUUUUCCCACCUUUUUUUUUUCUUUAUAUUAUUAUUUUUUAAUAAUUAACUGCAAAGAAAACCCCGCUGCCGCCCACCCGCCGCGAUGUACAACACGGUGUGGGAUAUGGACCGCGAUGACACGGACUGGAGGGAGGUGAUGAUGCCCUAUUCCACUGAGCUCAUCUUUUACAUUGAGAUGGACCCUCCAGCUCUUCCUCCAAAGCCCUCCAAACCAAUGACUCCAGUGAAUACAAAUGGAAUAAAGGACAAUUCCAGUUUCUCUCUGCAGGAAGCAGAGUGGUACUGGGGGGACAUCUCGAGGGAAGAAGUAAAUGACAAACUACGAGACAUGCCAGAUGGAACAUUCCUGGUGCGUGAUGCAUCGACCAAGAUGCAGGGAGACUACACUCUGACAUUACGGAAGGGUGGCAACAAUAAACUGAUAAAGAUCUAUCAUCGGGAUGGAAAAUACGGCUUUUCUGACCCACUGACAUUUAAUUCAGUUGUGGAACUGAUUAACCACUACCGCAAUGAGUCUCUUGCUCAGUAUAACCCGAAGCUUGAUGUGAAGUUGAUGUAUCCAGUAUCCCGAUACCAGCAGGAUCAGUUGGUGAAAGAAGAUAAUAUAGAUGCAGUAGGGAAAAAGCUUCAAGAAUACCACGCUCAGUACCAGGAAAAGAGUAAAGAGUAUGACAAAUUGUAUGAAGAAUAUACCAGAACAUCACAGGAAAUUCAGAUGAAGAGGACUGCAAUUGAAGCGUUUAAUGAAACUAUUAAGAUAUUUGAGGAGCAGUGCCACUCACAAGAGCGAUACAGCAAAGAAUACAUUGAGCGAUUUCGCAGAGAGGGAAACGAGAAAGAAAUUGAACGGAUAAUGAUGAACUAUGAAAAAUUAAAAUCACGCCUGGGUGAGAUCCAUGACAGUAAGAUGCGUCUGGAACAAGAUUUAAAGAAACAAGCUCUGGACAACAGGGAGACUGACAAGAAAAUGAACAGUAUCAAGCCUGACCUAAUUCAACUCCGCAAAAUCAGAGAUCAGUAUCUUGUAUGGCUCAAUCACAAAGGGGUGAGGCAGAAGCGAAUAAACGACUGGCUGGGGAUCAAAAAUGAAAAUAUUGAUGACACUUAUUUUGUGAACGAAGAAGAGGAAAACCUGCCACACCAUGAUGAGAAAACUUGGUUUGUUGGGGAUCUCAACCGCAUCCAAGCAGAAGACUUGCUCUGUGGGAAACCUGAUGGAGCAUUUUUAAUUCGAGAGAGUAGCAAGAAAGGAUGUUAUGCUUGUUCUGUGGUAGCUGAUGGAGAAGUGAAACACUGUGUGAUCUACAGCACUCCAAGAGGUUAUGGGUUUGCAGAACCAUAUAAUCUGUACAGCACACUUAAGGAUUUGGUUCUUCAUUACCAGCAGACAUCCCUUGUUCAACACAACGAUUCCCUCAAUGUCAGGCUUGCCUACCCUGUCUACGCACAGAUGCCCCCUUCUCUUUGCAGAUAAAUUUUGGGGAGGAGGAAAGUGUUGGCUAUCUUGGAUUCUUUUCUACAAUUUUUAUUAGAACUCGGAGGGCAUUCUUUCUCCUUAGACUGCUUGUUUUGCACAAGAAGUGAUUCUGUGAAUGUGAAUCAAAAAGAGGCCUAGCAGCAACAAGACGACAACUUGGGUGUAGGUGUCCUGGUGCUACCUUAAAAGCUCAGCUGUGCUUUUACACUGAUACUUUUGUUUCCUUAUGAGGGGAAUAGACUCAACAAAACCCAUACAAAAAUACUGGAAGCAAAACAUUGUUUUCUGGAGAUAAUUUUUGGCCAGGCACCUUCAAUGGAACUUCUAAUUGGAGUUUGUUUUCUCUUGUUCUAGUAGAGACGAUUUGAAGCCUCUGUUUGAGGCAUCGGUAAUGUCUUUCAGUCUUAAACUCCCAAGAAGCUAGGGAGGAAACUCUACCACAGCAAUUCUUCUCUGUUAAUUUUAGCAGCUUCACUGCGAUUCAGACGAACUUCCAAAAGAGGGCUUGUCUUGAGGUAGCAUGGAAUUUGGUGAGAGAAGACCAAAGGAAUAAUGGGAAAGCUUCAGGUUUUUAUUUAAAUGGAAAAUGCUUGUAAAGAAAAGUUGCUUUAUUUUUUUUGCCAGCAGUGAUGAAGUUUUGGUUUCAAUGGCACUACAGGUCUUCACUUAAAGGAAACGUUUAUAACCAAAUUGAACACACCAAAACUUUGUUGCUAGAUUGAGCACUUACGGGGAAGGUUGCGUUAGCAUCCGCACAUAAUUUCUACACCAAAACUUGAAACAAAUAAAAGCUGAAACGUUGUGUGGCUUCAAAACACUAAAUUUGUCUGAUCUGAUGUAACUGCUCACUCUCCUCUCUUUUUUCACCCCUCCCCUCCUCCCACUCCUCAGCUUGGGAUUCUGCUUUCCAUUUUUAAAGAUACGUGCUUCAGAAUGUAAACUAGAAUGAAGCUUGCACUCACACGUUGCAGUUCUCUUGCUGAACACUGACAGACUCUUGUAAUGCUCGAUUUUGAUAUAGAAGAGGCGGGUGCGAUCUCAUGCUUCUGGAUGGCUUAUUGUACCAAAUGAUUUCUUGAGGAGUGGCCGCUUAGGUCUGAAUAGAAGUGAGCGUUCUAAUUAUAAUUUGCAAGCUAGAUUCUGAACUUUCACACCACUGCUGCCAAGCAAGAUUUUACAGUGGUAUAAUCUAAAUUCCCUCGUAGUUAUUUUGGACAUAGGGAAAAACACAGGAAGGGAAGGGAUCUGUACCUCUCAGUUAGUGCGUGUCUGGUACCAUCCUUUGGCAAAGGCUGCUGUCAAAUGCUGGAGAAGGUAGUCCUGGGCUUUGUCAAGUAUAGCAAUCAUCCAAUAAAUCCCCUCCUUGGAAACCAUACAAAGCAGCUUAUUUCCAUUCCUUAAGCUUUGAAAAUGAAAAAGAGCUAAGUUUGGCAAACCGAGCCAUUUGGCAUCAAAGCAUACCCGGCAAAUUAAUUGUUUAGUGUGCAACCUUGAAAGUUACUUUUGUUCCUAUUACUGGAAACAGUUCCCUUGAAACGCGCCCAUUGUACGGGACAGGAAGCAGACAGUCAUGCAGAUCUGGGAAUGCUGUAGACCUGUUUCUGACCCGGUGGCUGAUUUCCUGUUUAAACGUGGGUUUUCUGUAAUGCGUGGGGAGGAAUGCCAGGCCUGUUGAUAUUUCAUGUUUACACGAGAAGUAUUAUUUAACUGAACGUCGUGAAUUUGCAGGCAGGGAAAUGACAAGCCUGAAGCACUGACAGGCGUUGCAAGGAAGGCAGUCUAGUUGCCUGGCAGGCCCAUGAGUUGUUUUAUUUUGCACUAAUGACCCUGAGGCGUCCCAGGCACUUUCUAAUCAGCCAGAGAGCGUCAUCUUCUGGCAAAGAAUUCUGUAGAUUCCACUUUUCUAAUUCAGUGAAACGCUACAAAACUUAACCAAAGCUGGGAAACAGAGAGGAAAGUUCAUAAGCUGUUAUGUCCAAGUGCCCCACGUCUGCUCUUGUGUCCCUUCUGUCCCACUUCCCCAAGAAAAGGAAAAAAGCUGAUGUGGCCUUUGCUCUUCGUGAAAAUCUGGAAUGGAUUCCUCUGUUGUGUGUGGAAAUUUUUCCUUUUAAAGAACCUCGCCCCACCUCUUGGGUGAUUUGCAGUUCUAAUCUGGUAGCUGUAGAGCCGUCGUUCUCACACCUCUUGUGCAUCUGACGUUCCCUCGGUGCUGGAUUUGGCCCAAAUGCAUUAUGAGGGAAAUCAAUCCAAAGGCACAAAUGAUGGCCAGGUGCCUCAUUUCUGUGGACAAACCUGGGCGAGAGGGGGUGGUGAGCGUUUUCUGUGCCUCUGUGAUCUCUUAGAGCAUUACCAUUCAGAGCUGGUGGGACACGUAUUUCUCAUCCCUGGUUCUGGCCAGGGGACAUCUGCUACCUUAUUAGAUAGUGCUUGGGCUUGGUUUUGUUAUAAAAAAGAACAGGUCUGCUUUCAAGCCCGUAAGUCCUGGCACACCCUCUCGGUAUUGACAGCAGCAGGGUAGAAAAGCGUGGCUGUGCAAAGUUUCCCUGGAGUGGAAUCUCACUGAUGCUGUGAGGUCUCGGUCCAGGCCCCGGCCCCGCCAAGGCAAAUACCGUGUGAUUCCACUGGCGUCUCUGGCAGGGUCUUGGCUUUGCAGUGGUGUGAGCGAGUUCAGAUGCUGGCUCGUCUCUCUCGGUGAUCUCUUUGCUAAUCACAGGUGAUGCUUCCGCUGUGAUCGCUGUGCUCAGAGCCCAAAGCCAUCUCGAAGCAUUCUUUGAAAUUCUGUUUCGCCCAAACCUUUGGCAGAGGUGUGUGGGCAGAUCGAGGCUGUGCUACUUGUAUUCAGCUCCUCCGUCUGUUUUGCCACUGUAUCUUCUUUUUGUAUUUGCUAUAGGCACCCGAAGCCACGCUGCCAGCAUUCGUGCGCUGUGACCCUCACGUGCCAUUGCACAGAUUCGUUUCGCAUCAGAUUUGCACUCGUAUGGCAAGUGAAAAGAUGGGUACAGACCAACUGGCACAGGGAGCUGCUGCCAUGGGCUGAGCGAGGGCUUGGUCCUGCCGCCUUUGUUCGCUCAGCCUGGUUCUGUUUGCUCAGCGGCGCUGAACCAGGGAGACAAACCAUUGCUUCCAGUAGUUUGUUGUGAGCUUGCAUGGCUGAGAAAUCAGAGCUGGGCCAGUGAUUACGCCCUCGUACAAAAAAACAGCUGUUAAGCCUAAAACAAAUACAGGAAAUGUGAACAUAAAGGCAAAACAAAGGCACUCAAGUUCUUUUAAAGCAGUAAAAUGCAAGAAAGCUUUGGUUUCAAGAGUCAAAAUGUCAGGAGGAAAGAGGGGGAAGGUCUCACUGGCACGGCAGCAGCUUGGUGUCGGGCUGCGGUUCGAGGAGUACUGAUUUCAUUGACCCAUGUUGUAUUAAAUAUAUAGGUAGGGUGAAAUAAAUAACUUUUGCACAGUGUUAAAUGGGGGAGGGGGGGGGUGGGAACGUUGAAACUCUGAUAUGCACAGUUUCUUCUAAUCUGUUUUGAAGUAUAUUUGCAGGGAUCAGGGGUGAUUCAGUGUUUUGUAUUCGGAUGGAUGGGAAGUCAGGCCGACUUCUGCAGUUGCCAUUGGCCCCGUUGCGUCAGCCGAGAGUGCCACGGUUUUGAAGUUAGUAAGUUACAAUCUUUUCCCACUCGUUUCUUUACUGGUUGUGAGUAAUCUCAGAAUGGAAGUGACCGACCCGGGAGCAGGGGGACAUCCCGGGGGGGUGCGGAGCAGGAGCAGCUGGCGCCCACCUCCCAGCUGGGAUGUUCCCAUUCAGGGCUCGUGCUGUGUUGGGUUUUGUUACAGUUCUCAGCUGCUUUGCACCGCUGGGCAGUUGCAAUCCAGAGUGUAGAUCCAGUACAGCCCUCUGUCUUAUGCCAAAAAACAAACUGCUCUUUCCACACUCGUCUCUCUUGAUGUGGCGGAACAUCAAGAAGUUUUCCAUUUAAUGUGAUGGGCCUGAUUCUUUUCUCGCUGACACUCGUGUAAGCAAGAGUCCCACAACAGAAAGCUGUGUCCUAGAAAAGAGCUCGUACUCAAUCGUACGCGAACCCAAGUCACAGCGGGGCAAAAACCAAAGUUUGUCCUUUGCAAAGCCAGGCAACUGUAAUGGGGACUGUGGAAAUGCAUGGUGGCACUUGGGGCGGCUGCGGGCAGGGCGGGGAGCGAGGGCUGCGCGUCCCCAUGCCCGGGUUGAGUGCAGGAUUGCUGCAGGAGUGUCACAGCUUCGGGUUGGAGAAGCCCCUUAUUUGGUACUUGAACAAUCUCUCUUCUGUUUUUGAAUGUCUUAUUUUUUAUUUUUGCUACACUAACAGGGAUUAAAAAUCUGAAGUGUUAGCGAGUCUCGUAUGUUUGCUGCAUUGUGCAGACAUAAAACAGGUACUGCUUGCGGGUGGGAGGGGCGGGAGGCAGGUUCGAAAUGCAGCUUGACAAAGCGCUAGGAUGGGUCAGGGGUUGUUUUGUUCGGAUCAUCUUUCAAAUCAGACUUUUGUAUGCAUAGUUUCCUUCUGUUAAUUUGCAACAUCUGCUUUUGGACCAGCAAAGUCCAAAUACGUUCCCGAAGAACGAGGCGGAGAGGGGAGCGGGUUACGCGUACUCCAAUGUAGCACGCAAACAGCCCCGAAGCAGCUUUGAAAAGGGGAAGGGUCAGCAUCCCAUAGCUUCCCUGCUUGUAACGCGCCGGAGCAGCGGCAGGUGCUGGUGCGGGAGCUCUGUCUUUACCCACAAAAGAAAGAGGGGAUGCAGAGCAGAGCUGCUCCCAGUGUGCAGGCCGAAAGCUCGGGGUUCUUUGUUGUGCUCCGUGCAUGCACGGGGAGCUACGCGAGAAGCAGUCGGGAAAUGAAUGGAAGUUGUGAAGGACUGCUGCUCUCUGUUCUGGAAGGAAACGCGGCCACCGAGCCCUGGUUUCCUUUGGCACAGCUGGUGCUGCCAGCAGCAGGGAGCUGAGCUGCUGCCCACAGGAGCUGCCCUGUCCGUACGGCUGGGCCGGCCCGGUGCUGCGCCAGGAGCGCGUUCUGCCGGGCUGAGGGGAAGCUGGGCCAACGUUUUUGUGAACCUUGCGUUCUGUGGGCAGAAAUACUUUCCACCGAACGGGAAGGGAAAAAAUUUCGUUUGAAAUCUUUUCAAUUCCUUCCUGUUUGUUGGCGGGGGCAGAUAGCAGCGUUAGCACCGUGUCUGUUAGCUGCUUGGGUGACGGCAGCGCUCCAAGUGCGGUCUUUGGGGCUGGCUCCGUAGAAUUGAUGCAGAAUUUGCAGGUUUUUUUUGCUAUUGGCAUAGAGUCGCCAUACGUUAUGACAGCAUUUGUUCAGAAAUUUGCCUUUACGAAUAGGUAGCGUGAGCUUCAGAGGAAAAAAGAAAGAAAAAUGCCAACAAAGAAUCAGUGUUAGACAAAGCAGCUUUAAUUUGACCCUUCCCCGACGUCGGUUCCGUAUUGCUUCCAUAGGGCUGGUGGAUGCUCACCCCGACCCCAGGCCGGGGAAGGGGCUGUGGGGUCAUUUGGCUGCGUGGAUGGGGCUGGGGCCAGGUUGUGUUCCUGAGCGUUGGGCAAAGGUAGUUUCGAGUAAACCUGUUAAUUUUGUAUAUCUGGCUGUUAAUUGCACCACGGGAUUGUAAUGGUCUGCAUCAUCUGUGUGUGUGCGUGUGCGCGUGCGUGUGUAUCUGUACUGUAUGUAUAUAGAUAGAUGUAAAAUAUAUUCACAUACACAGUUAUAUGCAUUAGCUGUAAGCGGCGCUGCCCCUUGGAAACUAAACCGGAGCACCGCAACGCGUCGUGCCGUGCGCUGGGGCAAAGCCGGGCUUCUUUGUAGCUGACAAGGAGCUGGUUGUGACCACCUCGAACCCGUGCUUCUGCGAUCGCGCGGGAUGGGUUUCCCGGGGCUGUUCCUGCGUCCGUGAGCUGAACUGAGCGUGGGUUCCAGCUGCGCGCUCUGGGACACAGCGCUGAACUGCGCCGAAAGCAAAGGUUUGGGAAAGGAACCCUCCCGCGCUCCGCUGUGGGGCACCGCUGCUUUGUGCGCGGGGCGCGGGGCUGCAGCAGCAGCACGCUCCUUGGUACAACCUUUGCUUUACUCCUUUCUUCCUAUUAUUAUCAUUUGACUUCUAUUUUCUUUAAGGGAAACCGCAUCUGUUACGAACCCGCUUCCCGAGAAGCCGUUGACUUCUUUUCUUUCCGUAUGAAUUCCAGCAUGUAACUUUGGUACUCUUGUUUGUUCUUUGUGUAAAACCUGUUCUUCUGUCGUUUAUGGUGUAAAAGAAAAAAAGAAAAAACAAGAAAAAAAGGAAUUCAUGUAGUUUAACUUUUAAAAAAGAAACAAACUGCUUCAUAAGGAAACCAAUUGUAUGUUAGUGUUUUCGGACAAGUCAUACUGUAGUUUCUAGAUCAGUAAUGCAACACUGUACUUGUCACCAGGUGUGUUACGACUUUGCUGUACUUUCUUUUAAUAGAUGGUUGGGCUUUUAAAUCCCAGACACUAAGCAUCCUGGGCCUACUUGCUCUAGAUCAAAAUGCAAUAAAGAAUUGCAAUAAAGCACAUUGACAUGUAAUGUUUUAGAAGGAUGUACUGACGGCUGUUUCUAAUAAAUCCAGAAACGCA